AUGGGGCGAGACAUUGUUCGACAAGAAUCUCCAGAAGAUCCUGGAAAAUGGAGUAGAUUAUGCUACCCUGGGGUUAUAAGUCGUGUAUUGACAAGAAAAAUGGGAACAGAGGCAAUUAAAGGCAUGCUCUUCAACGUGUCUAUACCUAAGAAGAUACACAUUACUACUAAAUCCUUUGCGAUGAUGAAGAAUCUUAGGUUGCUCAAAAUCUAUUCUCACCUUAAAUCUACUUCUGUGAGGGAGGAUAAUAGGGUAAAGCUGUCCAAAGACUUUGAAUUCCCUUCUUGUGAGCUAAGAUACCUCUACUGGCAAGGAUAUCCUUUGGAAUCUUUGCCAUCAAGUUUUGAUGCGGAAGACCUUGUAGAACUUGACAUGCGUUAUAGCAGCUUAAAACAACUUUGGGAAAAUGACAUGCUCCUUGAAAAGUUAAAUACUAUCAGACUUAGUUGCUCUCAACACCUCAUUGAAAUUCCAGACAUCUCAAUUAGUGCACCCAAUCUGGAGACACUAAUUCUUGAUGGUUGUUCAAGUUUGCUUGAGGUCCACACAUCUAUUGGAAAGCUAAGCAAGCUUAUUUUAUUGAGUCUGAAAAACUGCAAAAAGCUUAGCAGUUUUCCGAGCAUCAUCAACAUGGAAGCACUCAAAAUUCUUAAUUUGUCUGGCUGCUCAGGGCUCAAGAAGUUUCCAGAUAUUCAAGGUAACAUGGAACAUUUAUUGGAGCUUUAUUUGGCUUCAACUGCUAUCGAGGAACUUCCCUCCUCAAUUGGGCAUCUCACUGGACUUGUUUUAUUGGAUCUGAAAAGGUGCAAAAAUCUUAAGAGUCUUCCAGCAAGUAUUUGUAAGUUAGAAUCCCUUGAAUAUCUCUUUCUCUCUGGCUGUUCAAAACUAGAGAAUUUUCCAGAAAUGAUGGAGGAUAUGGAAAAUUUGAAAGAGCUUCUGUUAGAUGGAACAUCUAUAGAAGGGCUACCCUUGUCAAUUGACCGUCUAAAAGGCCUUGUUUUAUUGAAUCUGAGGAAUUGCAAAAACCUUGCGAGUCUUCCAAAAGGCAUGUGUAAAUUGACAUCUCUUGAAACACUCAUUGUCUCUGGUUGUUCACUAUUAAACAAUUUGCCAAGGAACCUUGGGAGCCUGCAACGUCUAGCGCAGCUCCAUGCAGAAGGAACCGCUAUAACACAACCGCCUGACUCAAUUGUUCUUUUGAGAAAUCUCGAAGUGUUGGUCUAUCCUGGACGUAAAAUAUUAACACCGACCUCAUUGGGGUCACUCUUUUCCUUCUGGUUAUUGCAUAGAAACAGUUCAAAUGGGAUUGGUUUACACUUGCCUUCUGGUUUUCCCAUUUUCAGGUCUUUCACAAAUUUAGACCUAAGUGACUGCAAACUAAUAGAAGGAGCAAUCCCCAAUGAUAUCUGCUCCUUAAUCUCAUUGAAGAAAUUAGCUUUAAGCAAAAACAAUUUUCUAAGCAUACCUGCUGGCAUCAGUGAGCUUACAAACCUAAAAGACCUUCUGAUAGGGCAGUGCCAGAGUCUCAUAGAAAUUCCAGAGCUUCCACCAAGUAUCCGAGACAGAUGCACACAAUUGCACGGCCCUUUUACCAGGCUCAUCAAGUGUAAGCACAUUGCAAGGGCUACAAAAUUGCUUGAAAAUAUUGCAUUUAGUAUAGUUUUUCCUGGCAGUGAAAUUCCUGAGUGGAUCUGGCAUCAGCAUGUGGGACCUUCUAUCAAAAUAGAGCUGCCUACAGAUUGGUACAAUGAUUUCUUGGGAUUUUCUCUCUGCUCUGUUCUUGAACACCUCCCUGAGAGAAUUAUAUGUCGAUUGAAUUCUGAUGUUUUUGAUUAUGGAGACUUGAAAGACUUCGGUCAUGAUUUCCAUGGGAAAUGCAACAAUGUUGGCCCAGAACAUGUCUGGCUGGGUUAUCAACCAUGUUCCCAGUUGAGGUUGUUUGAAUUCAAUGACCCCAAUGACUGGAAUCUCGUUGAGAUUUCUUUUGAGGCAGCCCACAGAUUCAGCUCAAGUGCAUCCAAUGUGGUGAAGAAGUGUGGGCUGAAAAGCAGGGGAUAUAACGUAGUCGAGAGAAGCAGUGACAGUGCAGGACUCAAUGGAAGUGGAAUGGGCCCUAGUUCUAGUGGCAGUAGUCUCAGACCCGCCAACAAUCCCAAACUCAGGCGCAAGCCCAAACGUCCUCAAGAAUGA